AUGUCGAAUCUCUAUCUAUGUCCAGAUGAUUUUUGGCGUUGUCCAAUUGAUUUAAAUCAUCAAGUGCUUGCUAAACGAUUUCAAUAUCAUAUUCGACGAUGUAUGAUUGCAAAUCCUCAUAUUCAUCGUGUUCGAUGUGUUUUCAAUGCAAGUCAUUUAACAACACCAAGUAAUUUACUUGCUCAUAUGUCAACAUGUCCUGAUGCACUUACUACAAGUACUGUGCUUAUCGGUCUGUCAGAUAUUCCACCUGGUCGGCCUUGGUCUGAUAAUUGUCAUCGAUCAUCUUUACCAACUGAUUGGCGAAUGUUUCAAGAUGUCAAUGCUAAUGAAGAUUGGGAUGAUGAUAUUCGUGAACGACGAGCAAAAAGUGCUGCAAAUAGUGAACAAACUAUGAACUUAUCAUCAAUUCAAACAUCAACACCAUCAUUAUGUGUUACAAAUCAGUUGAAUGAUACCAAACAAGAAGAAGUUGAUCAUGAUAUAUAUAAAUUAAAAUAUACUGAAGAUAUAAGUCAAAUGACAAGAAAAAAUGAUCACAAAUCUGCAGCAGUUAAUAAACAAGCGCUUGUUUUCGAAGAACAUGAUAACGAUGGACAAAUUCAUCCAGCUGAAACAGAUGACAUCAAUAAAAAUUUGAUGAAGAUUCGAACAUUACAAUUAAUUGGUGGUGCAGGUCGUGUAACUGUAGUUCAGUUACAAGUUGCUUGUGCUAAGAUCUGCUAUCAAUGUGACGAUAAAAAUCCAUCUAGCAAAUUAAAAUUCAUCGGCGAAAAGAUUACAAAAUGUAAUGGUGUUGCAUUUGAAAAAUAUGCUACAAAAACUUCAAGAGCUUUUGGUGCUGCCGUUUUAACAUGUUAUACGAAAUUCAACGAAACUGGUGGUGUCGUUAAACGAGGUGCAUUUGGACUUGGUGAAACAUAUGAUAAAAAUUUUAAAUGUCGUGAUCGUUUUCAUGUAUGUUGUCGUACAGCCUUUUGUAACAAACACGCCAAAGCUCCUUGUCCACCAACACCUAAAGCAACAACAAAGAAAGAAGUAAAAGCAUGUUAUCAAUGUAAAGGAGCUGAAAAUUGUAAACCAGAAAAACUUGAUGGAUCUGAAAUUCGUACAUCAGGUGCUUUUGGUGGCAAGAAUUUAUACUGUUUUACUAAAUUCGAUCCAAAGACAGGUAUUGCUGUUGCUCGUGGUGGUUUCGGUUUUGGUGAAUCAAUCGAUAAGAAUCUUAAAUGCGAUGCCAAACAUUAUUUAUGUUGUUAUGACAAUUUAUGCAACAAUCAAACAGCUGGUUUCUGUGCUAAACCAAAAUAG